GCGCGAUCCGUCGCCAACUUUGCUCCGCGCGCGCAGGCGAUCCCGUCUCGUUCGUAUCGGCCCGGUUCGGUCCGGUCCGGCGCGCUCCGGUCAAUCAGUGUCAUUCAGCGAGCCAGACAGUCAGUCAGUCAGUCAGUCAGUCGCGAGUCGCGUUGCUCCGCCGGUGGCCGCGGUAACACAGUGCGUAGUGCGUCCGGAUCUACCGCUCUCGUCGCGCGGAUGCGCCGCUCGCCCUCCGCUCUGCCUCCGCCCGCUCUCCCGGCGCCCGCUGCCGCCAGUCGUCGCCGUCACCGUCACCGUCGCCGCAACACGUCGCAGCACGCACGAUGUCGAGCGACGAGCCGUUUCACAGCCUGUUCACAGCCACGGACAGCAUCGACGGCAUCUGGCCCUUCCUGCAGAACAUCGAUUGGAGGGACCCAUGGCUAGCCGCGCUGCUGACUUUUCACGUUGCCAUCACGAUGACCGCGCUAAUGACGAGGAACCACGCGAAUUUCCAGAUAAUCCUGUUUCUCGUGCUCCUGCUCCUGGUGUAUUUCUCGGAAAGCAUUAACGAAGUUGCGGCGACGAACUGGAUGGUGUUCUCUAGACAGCAGUACUUCGACUCGCAAGGCCUCUUCAUAUCCGUCGUUUUCUCCGUGCCCAUUCUAAUAAACUGCAUGAUCAUGGUGGCCAGUUGGCUCUAUCAGUCCAGUCAAUUAAUGACGAGUCUGAAGCGGGCCCAGCUGCGGCAGCAGGCCAAAAAUCGCAGCCAGUCGGACGGCGAGGCGACGAACGAGAGAACGGCCGCUCGGCCGAAGCACGAGUGAGGAUCCACCACGGAGAUCUAGUCAUAACACGCGGUAGAACGAGAGAGGGGGAGAGAGAGAGAGAGAGAGAGAGAGAGAGAGAGAGAGCGUGCGCGGGGCUAUUUAAUUUAAGGACAAGAGAGAAUCGCUAGAGCUAUACUUACAGAUAGAUUUCCACAGGGCGCUGUGUAUGGUACACUUAGCCGUCGUCGACUCGAUAAUCGCUCCGAUCUCGAUCGCGAAACGCCGAUUUGCCAUCUGAUAUUCCAUCCUCGGAGACCCGCGACGGAAAGGGGAGGGGAGGGGGCUGAGUGAGAGAAGUAUAUGUAACAAUACGACACAUUGAUGCAAUCGAAACGAUAACGCGCGUCGGAGUUGCCUAGUCAAACUCUUCGUUGGAGCGUACCUCCCGUACAUACAUCGUGCCGUAUUACACAACGAUUUUAUGGAAUUAAACCACUUGAUGCGCGAAACGCAACUGGAUUGAUGAGAGAUAAUCGGCCGCGCUACGAACAAUAACUACGCAGGAGGAGCACGCGGCGAGCCACACGGGCUUGUCCUUGUCUUACCGUUAAAGGCCGACUUCGACCAAAUUGUAGCCAUAACUACAUUUGCCGUCAUAACUAACUUAAUUGGCGACUAUUCGUACGCAGCGAAAAAGUUUAAUUGUGCACUUGGUCGCUAAUUUCUUUACCGCAGUAAAGGCGAUAAACAAAAAUAAAUGACCUAUUAUGUUAAAUUGCACGGAUGCCGUUUGAUACGUUAACUCGAGCGAAUUAAUAGUUGGAGUUUGGUCGAGGUUGCCCGACGUGGAACAUUCCGCUAGUUUAGUUACGUUGUUUUGAUAUGCAGAUACUGGUCGUGAGAAUCAAAGUGUUCUUAAUGUGUAAUUAACGUACUUAUUACAUAAAAUAGCGCAGACACGUCACUUUCACCGUAACAGCUCCGCUGUAAAGAGAUAUAUUAACGCUUUAGUUAAGGACCCCGGUACACACUAACACCUGCCCGUGUUGUGUGUACAUGCGUGUGUGCAUGUGUGCGUGUUUGUGUGUGUGUGCGUGCGCGCGUGCAUGCACGAGCGAAUUUUGCGCCUUCCGCAAAUCGUGCCUCACGAUUUUAAGGAAGAGACGCGGGAUGUCUCCCCCCUUGAGGGAGGUGUGGGUGUGUCGCGUCGUUCCCUGAACUGUAUAUUGAUGUAAAUCAAAGCGCAAUUACCUUGCCGCCUUUAUAUUUAAUACACGCGUCUAACCGUUUUAAGGUAA